UACCUAGACGAGAUCAUUCGGAAGAGGUUACUGAUCGAUGGUGAAGGCGCCGGUGAUGAUCGCAGAAUCACUGCUCUAUUAAAGACGUUUUUAAAAUGGUGUAAUUCAACCGGAACAGAAGAAGGCGAUAGGUUAGUGCUAUUUCUCCUCUUUUUUUAAAUCUUUUAAUCUUGAUUGAUCCUUUGGUACGUCUGGCCUUAUUUGAGAGAGUUUUUGAGUCGUUCCGCUCACGUUUUAGGUCGUUUCACUGACGUGUUUUUACUCGACUACUUGAUUUUUUCUUGUUAAAGAUGAUAAAACAACGUGGUGUUUGCAGGCAGUGAAAUAGCUGAAAUACUAUCUGUAGUAAACGCAAACAUUUUCAGGUUGUUUUUUCGUUGAUGUCACAGUUCUUUAACCCGUGUCAUUAGCAUUAGUAGAAGAGUAUUUACCCAAAAUAGGUAUCAUGUUUAUGGUAGGUUAGGUGACAAUAGGUGAAUUGACUGGCGAAAUACAAGACUAUGUAGGUAACUAUUUUAACUUCGGCAGGACUAACUCAGGUGCCAGAGAACUUGACUGUAGGGUUGGAGGUCAUGGGUUUGAUCCUUAGGGCUGGACUAAUACCAAGGGUCUGCAAGUGGCCAGAGCCUUAUCUGGCUGUCCCAUCUCCAGUAAGAAUGUGAAUUUUUUUUAGUGUCCUCAAUUGGUUCAUGUACUUUUAUACUAAAUACAUUGACACUGUAAUAAAGUGCGUUUUUCAUAGUCUUGCAUACGUAUAUAGUAGGGGCUUAUUGCCGCUCAUGGUAACCAAAUAUCUGUUAAUGUCUCUGUUCCUUCGCGAUGCAUGUUAAAUGCAUAACUUAAUUAUAAAAACAAAUAAUAACAAGUUGGCGUUAAUGGGGGAGCACUGUCUUGCGCUAGGUUAGCCUAAUGCGACUUCCGGCGAUGGCGUGACCAAAGAACCUCACUUAUCUCCCCAGCACUACGAGCUGAAUGCAAUACAGCACGUGCUGGAUCGGACAAGAGUAUCGGUUUGCAGGUGAUAUUAAACGGCAACGCGGCCAACAAGCUUGGGGGAAGUCGCUGCGCAGACUUAACCGCAUGGCGCAGGAGUGUCCCUAGUUUAUUUGACCGCAUAGCACAAAACAAAGCCCAAACCUCGUCUCCAAAGGGAGGGAGGGAGGGAAAAAUUUACAAGAAUCGUAUACUGAGCGCUAACUUUGCUGAAUAACAGAAGCCAAGUGAACUCUGAACACUUGUUCUGGGCUUUUAUAGCUAGACAAACGUCUGCUGGCAUAGCCAGUAGAAAAGGCUGUACUACAAGACAGCUCAGCGUUGCACGUGCGAACUCUUAGCCAUGAAUAGUGCAUUGAAAAGUUGGCCAAUGUUGUGGAUCGUACUAGCAUGCUAAAGACAACAAGGCUGUAAAGUACUACGCUAGAAUACAAUGUAUCUUAGAGCUUGCUGACCUUGGCAGCUUGACUACACAACUGCUUUAUUCAAAAGGAACCGCCAUGAAAGGGUUACUGAUAACUGGCAUCAUGUUCCAUUAACUACAUUUUAUUUGCGUGACAGUAAAAUUGCUUAUAAACUUUGAAAUCCUUUUGUUAAAUUUCAUUUUACAGUGAUGCUACUUAUCAGAAGAUGCUUAUACAGCUUGCUCAAUGUGAAUUUGCAAUUGGCAAGACUCAGACUGUGUUUGAGAUGAAUGAGCUUGAAACUGAGAACUAUGAGAAAACCUACAGAGAGAUUGGUAAGUACAAGCCAUAGAAUGAAUAAAAAACUAAUCAUAGAAAAGUUAAAAGGGCUCUGUCAUGGCUGUCUGUCUAGUUUAUUUGGUUAAUAUUAUAAGUAAUGCAUCUUUAUUUGUAAAGGUACUUAAAGUUAGCAAGGAAUUUUAUUUCACGGUGUGGGCACUCAAACUGGGACACUUGGAAGAAGAUUGCCCAAUCAUUAAGUCUUUUUUUCUGAAGACAAAAGAUUCUCAAGUUUUUUUUACAAAUGAAUCAAGAUCAUUCAUAAAUUUGAGGGCUGUUUCCUGAGCGGUCAGGUAUGUUCAAACAGUUUUAAAGUCUUCAACAGAACUUGAAUUGUUGAACCUUGAAUUUUAUUGGUCCAUUUUUAAAAGAGCUUGAGAGUCUUUGUUUUUAGAAAAUGUUGUGAUUGGACAAUCUUCCUGUCCUGGUGUCCUGGUGUGAGUGUCCACACUGUGCAGCGUGCAAAGAAAGUACUGUCCGAUAGCCCGGGGCUAGUGGAUUUUGCUGUUGGGCUAGUGAAUUCUGUUUUUAACUUGCCCGAUGGGCAAGUGAUGUUUUAUGAGGAAUUUGAAUAACAGAAGAACAAAAAGUUUUUGGGGCUAGUUGAAAUGACGUCUGGGCUAGUAAAUGCUAGCUUCAGCUUGCCCAAAUGGCAAGCUGGAAAAAUGAUUUUCUUUGCACCCUGCUGUGAAUGACAAAAUAACAGCUUCAUAUCAAACAAAUACAAAAGGCGUAUCUCUCCCAAAGUGUUAUAUCAAACGUUACAUCAGCAAAAAUGAACUUUGAAAAACACUUGCACUAACAAGCUUUCAAAAAUUUGAAUUUCAAUCCAUUUUGAUCUCUUCAUGUUUGUCCAUGGCACCCAUGCCUUCUUUUGCAGUUGCCAUGUUAUUUAUACCUUUCACACAAUUUGAUGGCAGUUCUCACUGUUUGAAUUUUGUAACAUUUUUGACACAGUGUCAUUGAAGUUUCUAAUGGAGUUCUCAAACUUAUUAAUUAUUAAUAAGUUUGAGAACUCCUUUAGAAACUUCAAUGGAGCUGUGUCAAAAAUGUUACAAAAUUCAUGCAGUCGAAAGCCAAUAAAAUUAAUUAUAGCCAUUUGGCUCAGUUGGAUGAAUCUUGAUGAAACACCAGAUAAAACACCACCAGUUUUUUAUCUGAGAUGAUAUAUGCCUUUCAAGUGAGAUCAGACACUCGCAUUUUAAUGAGAUGUUUUAUUGGUUCUGUAACACAACUCAUGGAAAGAAUGCAAUACCAGAGAAAACAUGUCACUGUAUAAUUUCUAACUGUUUCAUUUGAGAAGACAUGUUAAAAAUUUGGUUUUCGUUCUUCAUCACAGGUUUCAAACUCGGCCUACAGCUCGUGUUUUCAUCUGUAUUGUUUCAUGGUGUUUGGAACCCUUGAUAAAGCACUUCCUUGGCAUAUUACUUACAAGUUUAUGAAGUGGCAUCCUUUUUCUGUGUCAAACAAUUUCUUUUGUAUUCUGGGGCAGAUGAUUUUUCAGCCACUUUAGAUCCACAGAAACUUUUAUUGUUGUUUGUCUUUAUUUUGAAGGUACAUGUAUUUAUAAAGUAAUGUUACUUGAUAUUUCAGAACAGAGUAUUUCACAUGCCUAUCAGGAAAUUGCAGCAUGUAAGACUGAACUGCAACAAGCAAAAAGAAUACGGAGAAAUAGACAAGGUCUGUUUAUUUUGAUUUAUCGAUUGUCCAAAGUAAAUAUUGUUACCUUCUGUUACAUUUUUAGAGUGCUUAUUGAAAAUCCUAGUUAAAAUAUACUUAAUAUACUUAGCCUGUGUAAUUUAUUCUAGGGUGACAAAAUAAAUUUAUGCUCUUUUGUUGGCCCUAUUUGAUUUCUUCAGAAUAUGAUGCCCUUGCCAAAGUUAUAAGCAAGCAUCCCGAGAGACAGGAAACACACAAGUAAGUGAUGAAUCUCUUUUAUUGCGUAUUGCAUGCAUUCUGACCAAUGAAAAUCCAAGUGGAGAUUGGAAACUGGAAACAUCAUUUUGAUCCAAAGUUUCCUCUUUGUUGUUGUUGUGUUGUUUUGUAUGGCUGAUGUACUGCAAACAUAUUGAGCAGUGUGCAAAGAAAGUGAUGUUCAUUAGCCCAGGGCUAGUGGAUUUUGCUAUCAGGCUAGUGAAUUCUGUUCAUAACUUUUGCCUGAUGGACAAGUGAGGUUUUUUGGGGAAUUCAAAUAAUUAUUACAGAAGAGCCAUAAAAAAUCUUGCUCAUGAAUAGUAUUUUAUGGGUUAGUUGAAAUGACUUUUGGGCUGGUGCAUGCAUCUGGACUAGUAACCAGGAAGAAGUUCAUAGGUUCAACUCCUGUUGCGGGAACUCAGAUCUUUUCUUCCGGGCUGCCUGCAUUACUGAUCGAAAAAUCAUCUUUCUCAUGUAUUCACUAGGCUCAAAAUUUACCAUCACAUCUCUACCAUUGUGCAUAAUCAUGAUAGUUAUUGACAUUUCUAGUCCUAACAGUCUGCUGAAUGUUUGUCACAUGAACCUAGUUUAAUGGCCUUAAUUCCCAUGAGUCUCCUGUAGCUCAGUGGUAGAGCAUCUGGACUAGUAACCAGAAGGUCAUAGGUUCAACUCCUAUUGCAAGUACCUGGAUUUUUCUUCCAAGCUGCCGGUGUCAGUGACUGAAAAAUGUUCUUUCUCUGAUGUUUGAAUGGCAAGCUGUGAAUGCACCCUGAGUGAGCAGUCUAGGCUGGAAUUUCUCUGACUUACCCACAGUGCUUGAAACAUGAACUACUCUCUUCUUCCUUAAUGCAUCAGUCAAUUCCAGCUGCGCCAAGCCACCACCACCACCACCAAAUGCCCCACCCCCGGGACUGACAAGGCGGGCAAAUGCCCGCAGGUGGAAUUGACUGAUGCAUAAUUCAUGAGCUUUGGUUCCAUUUAGGGUAGCAAAUUUUUGAUCAACUCAGCCGAUAGAAUCACAUUUUUGUUUCUUGCUCCUUCGCCAAUGCAGUGCUUGGCACAGUUUCUUUAGCAACUAACUUCUUUAUUUGAGGUUGUGAUGAGUCAGUACAUGUACCUUAUUCUAUAGUUUGAACAGGGGGAGGGGUGGGUGGCUAGCAAGACAGCAACCUCGUCCCCAGGGUCUUCUCGUUUUCCAAUAUGGCGAACGAGGUUGGGAAUACAAUGAACUGUUGUUUAGUCAUACGUGUACUUUUUCUCACAGACAAAUAGAGGGACUUGACAAGGAGCUUAAUUCUCUAACCGAAACAAAGGAGAGUCUUUUAUCCAAGGUAAAUUAAUUAAUUUCAUCAUUUUCCGUUUCUUUUGCAUACGUAAUUGACUUUACGAAAGAGAUGCAAUAGAAAAGGACUGAAGAAAAACAUUUGAACCAUACGUGGCAGUUCACCUUAGAAAGGUCUUCAAGAAAAUUACAGUAAAAACCUGUGACUAAGAACCUGCAUCUUCCCAAGUUCGCCUCAAUAGGUUCUUACAUAAAAUAAUGGUAAUUAGCACAAAUUUAGGCUCUUUUGGUACUUGAAUAGAUUCUCAUUUUCUGAAGGAAAAAAUACAUUGUAGCUAAGAGUAUUUAAGGUAUUCAGAUUCCUUAAAUAAAAUCUGCACAUCAAUACAUUGCAGUUGGAGUGAUUAGGCACCCAUGUCUCCAAAGAGGAUCGAGGAGGGGGGAUAACAGGCAAAUUUUAUCCUGACAGGUUCUUAAUUUAAACCACGUUCGUAGUCGCGGUUUUACUGUAUUUCUUAGAUACGGCUGCCUUUUCGAGCUGCUGAUGUCUGGUUAGAAAGUCAAUCCAUUAUAAUUGUUGUAUGUUGAUGUACGCGUUUUUAUUCUUUUCCUUUUAGCUGGAACUUCGGCAGAAACAGUUUCAUCUUCUUAUCAACACGAUUCAUGAAUUACAACGGAUGUUGGAAGGUAAGUGUAACGUCGUUGAUUUUUCAAUGUGGGGUUACUCUUGUAAUUCUUAAAACCCUUUAAGUACGAAAACCUAGUGAAAAAUUCCAGUCGUCUUUGCUUCCCUUCUUUUUUUCCUUAACCGUCGUUUGUGUUUUCAGAACUUUAUAGGUCGGUAAGUCGGAUUAAAAAAGAGAAAGAAAACAACGUAUAGGCUUGAAUCAGGAACUGUAGAACUGUUUUUGGUGAAAAUGAAAGAAGCUACAGCAUAGCUUGUUAGCGUUUUUUUUGUGAAAGUUUACCUUUGCUUGAAAAUUAAAUUGGUUCCUGUUUGUAACGUUCAAGAGAACAACAUUAAAAAAAUAUAUAAUAAACUUGAGUUUAGCAGUAAACGCAUUAUUUUUCCCGUUAUUUUCCGCUUUCUUAAUUAUUCCUUAUCAUUUGUUUCGAAAACGUCAAAAUUUCAUCGACGAGACGACAGUUACAGAGAGUAAAGUGCGGCUGGAUGUCCUUUGAUAACAAAUCAACUCAGUCGGGUGUCGUUUUGUGUUUGAGCAGCGUAAAAAAAACAAUUACGAGGUUUCAAAGCGUUCACUCAAUGGUAACCUGAGGAAACAGCCGACAUUCCGCGACGCCACUACUGGUUUCUCCGCGAAACGACGUCUGAGAAGCGAGCGCAGACGAUCACGCGCCACUUUCGAGAUCUGGCUAGUGUUUCUGAUUGGUCGAGCCGCGUGGGAAAUUUGCCUCAACCAAUCAGAAGCAUGACCCCGUUUUGGGUAGUGACGUAUCAUCAGUAUGGAAUUUCUGCGAUCGAUUCUUAGACGUCAAUUGGAGGGGAAACCGGUGGUGGCGUCGCGAAAUUACAUCUGUUUUCUCAGGCUUGGUCAGUAGCUGUGUGUGGCGGGGAGGAAGAAAGUGCAACUUCCCCCCCCCCCACCCCCUUAACCCUAUGCUAGUUCAACAGUCCAGUUAACCUGCAGGUGAUCCUUCCCUACUCGCUCAGUUUUCUUGUUCCACGAACGCCUCGUGCUUCGCUCGCCCGAAAACGCGAAAAAAGAGCACCUUUUCUGCAGGCGACUGUCAGGAGCGCUACAGUCCAGUUAGAUGAUCGUGUUACUAAUGUUCUCUCAACAGAAGACAAAGCUGAUUCUGAUGAGCCAUCUACAAGUUCUGGUGCUGAAAGCUCUGCCAUGGACACAAGCUAG